CGCAUGUGUCCUGAGCCCACGAGUACUGCUAGUUGGAGCCCAGGCGGUGGGGAGUCAGUCCUCGGGCCCAGGAGGGACAGAGGGGAGGGACCAAAUCCGCCUCUCUGCUCCUACUUCUCUCAACCAGUCCCCUGAGAGUCUUCCAGCCGCUUUUCCGCACUCAGUCUUCCUGGGAAAGUAAAACUAAACUUUUCCCAGAUGAAGAGAACGCAUCUGUUCAUCAUGGGGGUCUACCUGCUGUCCUCCUGCCGGGCAGAAGAGGGGCUCAACUUCCCCACGUAUGACGGCAAGGACCGCGUGGUAAGUCUCACCGAGAAGAACUUCAAGCAGGUUUUGAAGAAAUACAGCGUGCUCUGCCUAUACUACCACGAGUCCGUGUCUUCAGACAAAGUCGCACAGAAACAGUUCCAACUGAAAGAAAUUGUGCUCGAGCUUGUGGCCCAGAUCCUGGAACAUAAAGAUAUAGGCUUUGUGAUGGUGGAUGCCAAGAAAGAAGCCAAGCUUGCCAAGAAACUGGGUUUUGAUGAAGAAGGAAGUCUGUAUGUUCUUAAGGGUGAUCGCACAAUUGAGUUUGAUGGCGAGUUUGCAGCUGACGUCCUGGUGGAAUUUCUCCUGGAUCUAAUUGAAGAUCCCGUGGAGAUCAUCAACAGCAAACUGGAAGUCCAAGCCUUCGAACGCAUUGAGGACCGGAUCAAACUCAUUGGCUUUUUCAAGAGUGAGGACUCGGAGUAUUACAAGGCUUUUGAAGAGGCAGCUGAACACUUCCAACCUUACAUCAAAUUUUUUGCUACCUUCGACAAAGGGGUUGCAAGGAAAUUGUCCUUGAAGAUGAAUGAGGUUGACUUCUAUGAGCCAUUUAUGGAUGAGUCCAUUGCCAUCCCUGACAAACCUUACACAGAAGAGGAGAUCGUGGAGUUUGUGAAAGAGCACCAAAGACCCACCCUACGUCGCCUGCGUCCCGAAGAUAUGUUUGAAACAUGGGAAGAUGAUUUGAACGGGAUCCACAUUGUGGCCUUUGCGGAGAGGAGUGACCCAGAUGGCUACGAGUUCCUGGAAAUCCUGAAACAGGUUGCCAGGGACAACACCGACAACCCUGACCUGAGCAUCGUGUGGAUCGACCCGGAUGACUUUCCUCUGCUCGUUGCCUAUUGGGAGAAGACUUUCAAGAUUGAUCUAUUCAAGCCACAGAUUGGGGUGGUGAAUGUGACAGAUGCUGACAGUGUCUGGAUGGAGAUCCCUGAUGAUGAUGACCUGCCCACAGUCGAGGAGCUGGAGGACUGGAUCGAGGAUGUGCUUUCUGGAAAGAUAAACACUGAAGAUGAUGACAAUGAAGAUGGGGAUGACGGGGAUGAUGAUGAGGAUGAUGAUGACGAUGACGAUGGCGGUAAUUCUGACGAGGAGUCUAAUGACGACAGCGAUGAUGAUGAUGAGUAGCCCUGACUCCGAAUGGUGGAUGAAAGCACAAUCACAGCGGCCCACUACCAUGCAGACAGCACUGGGGGGAGGGGGGGGGCAAGCAGCCCCGGCCCACUCCCAUCAGCUCCUUCCCCUUUCCCAUCCCUUUUCCCACCCCUUCUCAUCGGGAGCUGUACCAUUCAGCAAAUGCCUCUAAACCCAGUAAUCCCACUCAGCAAGGACAAUCGGAGAAUUAUUCCCAUGUGGACUGUCUUGAUUGUCUCAGAAAAGCUCUCAUUCUUUGCCAGACCAUCAGUGGUCAUGGCAGUGCCGGAAUCUGGUGGUCUGGGGACAAUAAUCCCCUGAAACCUCGACUCAAGUUUACUUGUUGUCUUCGAUGUGACCGUAACAGAAUUGAUAGCUGGCAAACUCAAAGCAUAGAGUGACCUUACAGUCAGAGCCCAGGCAGACCAAAGAUUAAUUCACUUAGCCCCCGUGCCUAGAACAUCAGUGACGAUCCCUCCUUAAGGCAAGAGGUUCCCUCUUAGGAAAGGCUCAGUCUUAGAAACAAGUUUCUAAAUCAGGUUCUCUUGGCUCUAUUAAACUUAUCAUUUCAAGUGUAUGUCACACCAUUAUGAACUCAGAUCCAAGUAUUUGGACAGCUAUUCGGGAGGCCUUGAAACCCAUGCGUACAGAUGUAACAAUCAUUUCUAGGACAUUAGGAUAUGGGAUGGGAGGUUGAUUUGCUUUCUGAACUUCCCUUUACUGACAAGUCUCACAUUAUACGCAAGGGAGUGGGGGGAACUGGAAGGAUUAAAUGUUUUUAAUUUUUUCUGCUGGGUUCAUGUCCCUGAUUGAGUCAGUUGGCUUCCUAGCCUGAGCUGGGAUCUGGAUACACUUUUCUGUUGCUGCUAGUGAGCCCUCCCAUUGGGAGUGAAAGUUGGUUUAUCCAGAGGUCAAUCAAUGCUCCAUUUGUCAGCCCUCCCACACUUGAGCAGGACAAUAGCUAGAGUUCAUAACGGUGCCCUGAGGCACUGAGAAAAUCCCAAAGUGCCUUCCAAACUAUCUAGAAGUUACAUUGUGCUCGGUAGUUUUAGCAUUAAGUUUGCAUUAUCAUGUUCUAAUUUAUUUUCUCAAUCUUUUAACACGUGUAAGACACUGCAAAUUCUUCGGAAAUAGAGUAAUCCUUUUAUGGAAUAGUAGCCAACUAAUUCUGUCAUUAAACUUAUACUUUGAAAAUAUGGAGACUCUCUUAAA